AUGUGGACGAAGCCUAUAGUAAUAAUUAAGUUUUUGUUUUACGGAACUGUCGUAGAAGCCGCCCCCUCCGUUCCAUCCGCUUGUUUAGCCACUCUGGACGGUGCCGUUAGUCCGAGCCGAGUAGACAUGCCUAACAUCAAGAUAUUUGCUGGUAGCUCUAACGUUGAUUUGGCUAAGAGGAUAACCGACCAUAUCGGCAUUAAGUUGGGACAUGUCAGCUCUAAGAAAUUUAGUAAUCAGGAAACAUGUGUUGAAGUUGCUGAGUCAGUUCGAGGUGAAGAUGUUUACAUUGUGCAGACUGGAAGUGGUGAAGUUAAUGACAACCUGAUGGAAUUGCUCAUAAUGAUUAACGCCUGUAAAAUUGCUUCGUCCUGUCGAGUCACUGCCGUAAUACCCUGCUUUCCUUAUGCUCGGCAAGACAAAAAGGACAAAUCCCGUGCACCGAUUUCCGCAAAACUUGUCGCAAACAUGUUAUCAGUUGCCGGUGCGGAUCAUAUCGUGACAAUGGAUCUCCAUGCCAGCCAAAUUCAGGGCUUUUUCGACAUACCUGUGGAUAAUCUCUACGCAGAGCCAGCCGUUAUUAAAUGGAUUCAAAAAAACAUUGAAGAUUGGCAAAACUGCUGUGUCGUCAGUCCUGAUGCUGGUGGUGCUAAGAGGCAAGGCGCUUUCUCUCAUUUCACAGAUUUUAUAGUGACCUCACUAGCCGACCAACUGAAUGUGGAGUUCGCUCUGAUUCACAAGGAGCGAAAACGUGCUAACGAAGUUGAUAGGAUGGUCCUUGUCGGUGACGUUAAAGGAAAGGUUGCCAUCCUUGUCGAUGACAUGGCUGAUACUUGUGGCACUAUAUGCACUGCUGCUGAUCGUUUGACUGAGGCCGGCGCCACUCGCAUUUAUGCAAUUUGUACUCAUGGUAUCUUCUCCGGUCCCGCUAUCGACCGAAUCAACAAGUCUUGCUUCGAGGCUGUUGUUGUCACCAACACAAUCGACCAGAAGGAGAACAUGAAAAAGUGCCCCAAGCUCUACUGCAUCGACAUUAGCACCGUACUGGCGGAGUCAAUUCGGCGAACACACAAUGGGGAAUCAGUAUCCUACCUCUUUAAUCACGUGCCCCUAUAA